GACCCCUUCGCCGCCCGCGGCUUCCUGACCAAAGCAUCCAAGGCACAACCCCCGGUGCCGGAGCACAUGGUACAGGGGGUCACCUUCCACCUCGGCACCAACGGGAUCAUGUUGAGCCCAACGCCGAUACGAGUGAAGAAGAUCCUGGAGCAGCUGCACCGGGCCGUCGACGAGGACGCGCUUGCACCAGACGAAGCGGCGAAGUUGGCUGGGAGGGUGGCAUUCCUCGCACAGGCGGUCUUUGGCUCCAUGGCGAGGGCAGCCACCAAGGAUAUGCGCUUCAUCCUCUACGACGCGGCGGACAUGGACGUGGCCGGGAAGGUCUAUUACGCCGGCGUGGUGCCGGAGUGUUUCGUUAAACUGUUUUGGACGAGAAAGGCUUACAUCUACAUGCUCGAGGUCUUCCCCCAACUCGUUGCCUUCGUCACCUUCGCGACGCACCUGCCGCAGUCGAUCAUGGCGUUCAUCGACAACACGGCGGGGCAGGCGGUGUUCUCUAAAGGCUACGGCAAAGACACAGUAAUCAAUGACAUGAUCUCGGCGUUCUGGUCGCUAGCCGCGUAUCACGGAUGGUUUGUCGAGUUCGAGGGGGUGCCAUGCAAGGCCAACGUCGCCGAUGCCGUGUCCAGGGACGAUUGCGGCAGAGCACGAUGUGAGGGAUGGACAAGAGACCACAGCCCCCACGACGAGAUCUUGCGCAUCUUCGCCAACGCAGUCGGCGACUCGGCGAUCUGGAGUUC